AUGCAAGAUUUCACCAUGGGCAGUGGCUAUUACAACAUAGUGGCCGCUGUAUUAUUGGUCAUGAAUUUUGAGAGGACAAGAUCAAUACAGGAUUCCUGUAGUAAAUGCCCAGUUGGGACUUUCUGUGGGAAAAGCGAGGGUCAGAUCUGCAUUCCUUGUCCUCCAAAUAGUUUCUCCAGCACCAGUGGACAAAAGUCCUGUGUCAUAUGCAGGCGGUGUGAAGGUGUUUUCAGGACCAAGAAGGUGUGUUCCCCCAUCAGCAAUGCAGAAUGUGAGUGCAUCUCAGGAUUCCACUGCUUGGGGACAGGAUGUGCCAUGUGUGAACCGGAUUGUAAACAAGGUCAAGAAUUAGCCAAGGAGGGUUGUAAAGACUGUCGCUUUGGGACAUUUAAUGAUCAGAAACAUGGCAGCUGUCAACCCUGGACAAACUGUUCCUUGGAUGGAAAGUCUGUACUUGUGAAUGGGACGAAGGAAAGUGAUGCAGUAUGUGGACCGGCGUUGGCUGACUUCUCUCCAGGUACAACCUCUGCCACCAUGCCUGCCCCUGCAAGAGAUCCAGGUCGUACGCCGCAGAUCAUCAUCUUCUUCCUUGCACUGACUUCGGCUGCUGUGCUGUUCCUGGUGUUGUUUCUAGUGCUCCGUUUCUCUGUCCUUAAACGUGGCAGAAAGAAACUCCUGUAUUUAUUCAAACAACCAUUUAUGAGACCAGUACAAACUGCCCAAGAGGAAGAUGCCUGUAGUUGCCGAUUUCCAGAAGAAGAAGAAGGAGAAUGUGAGCUGUAAAUCAGAAAUCCAAACCUCCACUGGGCCUGUCUUGAGAAGAAUCACAGGAGAAACAGGAUUGAUCCCACCAUCAUAUCUUUCUAAAUCGAAGACACCAUCCUAGAUAAGACUCAGGAUUACCCCUAAGUUUCCUCAAAAUGUUAGCAGAUUGGCCUUUAAAAAUGUACCCCUUUUAGCACACGUAUGGGACAGAGCUGGUGGGAAAGGGGCAUUUUCUAGAUAAUGCUUAAUAGACUUCACUAGCUUGUUUUUGAAAUCCAAAGAGAAUUAUGCUUAAAAUUACAUCAUGUAGGCCAAUGGUCUAGCUAAAAUGACAGUCCAAAAUCAAUUCCAUUUUUUUGAGUGCUAAUAGAACAUAUUACAAAAAGCCAUAAGAUG